AUGCUGGCCACGAAGAAGACGAAAAAGUCGCUGGGGUCGAUCAACUCUAGGCUCCAAAUCAUUAUGAAAAGUGGAAAGUACCUGCUGGGGUACAAGCAGACUCUGAAAAUGAUCAGACAAGGCAGAGCAAAACUGGUCAUCCUCGCCAACAACUGCCGAGCCUUGAGGAAAUCUGAUAUAGAGUGUUAUGCCAUGUUGGCCAAAACUGGUGUCCAUCACUACAGUGGCAAUAAUAUUGAAUUGGACACGGCGUGUGGAAAAUACUACAGAGUAUGCACACUGGCUGUCAUUGAUCCAGGUGAUUCUGAUAUCAUUAGAAGCACGCCAGAACAGACUGGUGAAGAGUAA